AUGUCUGAACUAACUGUUAAAAAGGCAAAACUGAGGAACUACAAAGAAGAUUUUAUCAUGUUUGGUUUUGCAUCUGUAGACUCAAAACCUAUGUGUCUUGAAUGUGAUGCCAUCAUGAGAAAUCAUCCCAUGAAGAAAGUUAAACUGAAACAACACUGGAAAUUAAGGCAUCCAUCAUCUGUGGGUAAAGGUAGGGAAUAUUUUGAGAAUAAAAAGAAAAUACAGCCAAUCAAACUACCUGACUUUGUAAAGAAGAUAAAUACUGAAAAAGCAAAGACACUCAAACCAAGUCAUUUGGUUUCUGAAAUUAUUGCCAAGGUUGCAGCACCUCAGAUUUAUGGUAAAAAACUUGUCAAGCCUGCUAUGAUAGCUUGUGCAAAUGAGGUUCUGGGAAAAGAUGCUGCAUCUACUCUGAGUACAAUUCCACUUUCAAAUAACACAAUUACAAGAAGACAGGAUGAAAUGUCUAAUUUUAUUGAGGAGAAGAUUGUGGAAAUUCUCCAAAAGACAAAUUUUUCUAUCCAGGUUGAUGAUAGCACAAGUCAUAACCAAGCUAUCCUUCUGGUCUAUGUCAGAUUCAUCCAUGAAGAUGGUAUAAGGGAAGAAAUGUUACUCAUUAAAAGUUUGUCUGAAACUACUAAUGGAGAAGAUAUAUUCAAUGAAGUAAUGCAGUAUUUUGAUGAUAAAUUGACUAAUUUGAUCAACAUUGCAUCAGAUGGAGCCUUUCACUGGAAAAGUGAAAGGCUUUGUUUCUAG